UUGGAUGAAUUCCUUGUAGGUUUCCAGUAAGGUCAUAUGAUUGAGAAACUGGAGCUGGUGUUACUUAACUCAUGUUCUUUAAAAGGACGGCUAAGCCCUUUGUGCAUGAUCUUUAUUCAGGUCCUCUUUGAACAUCUGAAAUUGCCAAGUCCUUAGCAAUGCUCGUGGUCCUGCUCUUUUGUGCUUUUGCAUCAGCAGUGUCGUCAGUAUCCACCCCAGCACCAAAACAAGAAGUGCACAGCUGGAAUGCGUGUUCCUUGGUGGUGUGUGGACCAGCUGAGAAAGGGAUACCAGGACGGGACGGCCGAGAUGGAAUUCAAGGAUUAAAAGGGGAAAAGGGAGAACAAGGACUGUUAGGCCCAAAAGGAAGCCUGGGUCCUCCAGGGAAGAUGGGGCCAGCUGGACCAGCAGGACAAAAAGGGUCUCAGGGGAAUCCUGGAACAAAAGGCGAUGCUGGACAAAUAGGACCACGUGGGAUUCAGGGUUUGCAAGGUCCUUCUGGAAAUGUGGGCCCUUCUGGACCGAAAGGUAACAUUGGCCCACAAGGUGAGAAAGGUGUCAAAGGAGAAAUGGGUCUCAAAGGAGCCCUUGGUCCUCCAGGACCCCAAGGCAAAAUAGGUGCCCCUGGACCAGCUGGGGCCAAAGGAUCAAUGGGCGAAAAGGGAGCAAAAGGAGACCGGGGUGUCCAAGGACUGCAAGGACCACCAGGUCCUCUAGGGCCAAAGGGAAACCCUGGCUCUCCUGGACCCAAAGGAGAGAGGGGUACCAUGGGUGAAAAGGGAACAAAGGGUGAUAGUGGCCUCUCAGAGGUCAAUCUUUUGAAGACCAAAGUUAGCAGCCUGGAAGGACAGCUGAAAGCUCUGCAAGCCAGCUUUGCCAAGUACCAGAAAGUUGCCAUGUUCCCAGGGGGACGCAGCGUGGGCAACAAAGUGUUCAUAACCAACAGCUACGAAGGCAACUUCGAGGACUUGAGACUCAAGUGUGCGCAGGCCGGAGGGCUGCUCGCGACCCCGAGGAACGUUGCGGAGAACGAUGCCAUCCAAAAGAUUGCAGUGAUGUACAACAAAGGGAUCUUCCUUGGCAUAACUGACUUAAAGACCGAAGGGACAUUUAAGUACCUGAAUGAUCAGCCCAUCACUUACUCCAACUGGUUGCAAGGGGAGCCCAAUAAUAACCAGGGCAAGGAGAAUUGUGUGGAAAUGUUCUCCAAUGGAAAAUGGAAUGACAAAUCCUGCGGAGAGAAAAGGCUACUGGUCUGCGAAUUUUAGACCAUCUGUCAGGACACUGUUUAGAUCGGGGGGGGGGGGUCUUCAAGCUCGGCCCUUUUAUGACUCGUGAACUUCAAAUCCCAGAAUUCCUCAGCCAGUGUGAGCCGUAAAAGAGCCGAAUUUGAAGACCCUCCAAUUUAGAUCCAGGGAGGCUGUGAAGUUUUAAUACCAUGCUUGCUUUUUAUCUUUAGGCAUUAAAUAAAUCAUGACUUUAGCUAAUCCUCCCUAAAUCCUAGUGAGGGGGAACUGUUGAUUUCAUGUAUAACAUUAAAGUAACCAUCAAGCACA